GUACACGUGAUCUGGCAUAGUAUGUGAAAGUGGCAUGAGGUGUCCCCGGUGCACCCGUGGCUCCGUCUGACAUCGUUGCAAUGGACGUUAAUGUCGUUUUCUUUUCAACGUCAUUGCUUGAACCAAUAGUAAAUUAUAAAUAAAGUAAUUAUAACGUGAAAAGAAGCUGUAAACAUGUCGGGACGAAAAAACGUUCAAACUGGCUUUCAACCGGAUUCCGAUGUUUACAUUACGUACGACGAUCAACAAAAAAUUAAUAAAUUUGCAAGACAAAACGCUAAAAUGGAAGACUUGAAAGAAGAAUUGAAAACUAAACAGAACGAGUUAAAAAAUUUGGAAGAUGCCUCUGAUGAAAUAAUUCUUCUAGACGACAACGCAAAAAUACCGUAUUAUGUAGGCGAAGUUUUCAUUUAUGAAGACUUACAGAAGACACAGAGUUACUUAGAUGAGAUUAAAGAGAAAAAGAAAAUGGAAAUUACAAAUUUGGUAAGCAGAUGUGCAGAUUUAAAAAACAUUAUGAGUGAGUUAAAAACUCAACUGUAUGCAAAAUUUGGUAGCCGUAUAAAUCUAGAAGCGGAGGAAGAUUAAUCCAAUCAAAUCCACGAACAAAUUAUUUUAUAUAAUUAUUCUCUAUGUUCUCUAACUAACAUAAUACACACUGCAUUUUUUUAUUCACAAUAUGUACAGGUAAAAACAGUUUCGCAUUUCAUUUGUGUCUGUGAUGCAAGAUCAUUAUUGUUUGUCCAUAUUAAUUAAUUAAUUAAUUAAUUAGUCAUUGCUGCUUAAUAAACU